AGCCAGCUGAAGUUGACUCUCGAGCCCUGGUGGCCUAUACUGGUCCGGCUGAGCAACCCGAUCCUUCGCAACCUGACGAGGUUGUCAUUCUGGACGACGCUGAACAAUCUUCUAAGCCGGACGCGGCUGUGGAUGGAUCCGCCUUUUCUGGGCCAGUGGCCCAACUGGUAGGCCAGAUGCCGGCCGCUUAUAGGACGGCUUCCCGUUCUUCUGAUAAAGGGAAGGGUCCUGCUGUUGUCGGCUCCCCUAGCCUCUCUGACGAUGAAUCUUCUCCAGCCUUUGGAAAGAUGUCGUCGUCUGAUCGUGAGAAGCUCAAGACGGAGCUGUUCAAGUGCUUUCCCGAAACUUAUAUCAAGGGGUUAAGGGGAGCAUCGUCUGGGCAUGUAGGUUACAUGUCUCAGCUUGCUGCCGAGCUUUUUGCUCGCAGCAUGAUAACAGAAGACUGGGCGAAGGAGCUCAGAAAAGAGAAUAAAAAGCUCGUCCAUGACGUAACUGCGGCCGCCGACCAUGCUCAGUUCGUCAUUUCCGAGCAAGAGGUGUUGCACCAGCAAACCAAAGUUGCUUUGGAAAAAAGGUCGGCUGAGCUGGAGUCUCAGAUCAAAGUCUAUCUUCUUCGGUUGACGGAGAUGAUAGACGAACGGGCUUCGUUGGAACGGUUCUGA